AUGCGCUCGCAGGGCCUCAUCGAUGGUCUGUGGGUCAUGGGCUGGCCGUCCAGCUACAUCGAGGGAGCAAGACCUCUCGCCAAGGGCAUGAAGUGUGCGGGAAGAGCUGUCACUGUCCGCUUCGUCCCCCAGCGCCCUGACAUCGGCACCGACAAGCCCGGCGGCGAGAACUCCCCCGAGUACGAGGCCUUCGAGAAGUGCGACAACAAGACUGUCCUCGUCAUGUCCUCCGUUGGCCCGUGGGAGUCCGUUGGAGGAGACAUCAAGUUCCUCCGCCUCAAGCAGCGCAACGUCGGAGGCCUCGUGACCGACGGAUCUGUCCGUGACACUGAUACCAUGAUCGGCUAUGGCAUCCCCACCUUCUCCUUCUCCACCACCGCCAAGCAGGGGCCUGCUGCCAUGCAGCCCUGGGAGUGCAACGGUGUCAUCAACUGUGGUGGUGUCGUUGUUCGCCCCGGCGACGUUAUCGUCGGUGAUCAGGACGGAGUCGUCGUCGUCCCUGCCGCUGCCGCUCAGCAGGUCUACGACAUUGCCCACAGCCGCGAGCAGAUCGAGGAGGUUGUGAAGGCUCAGCUCGAGAUCGAGAAGUGCCCUCCCGGCAAGUACUACCCUUUCAUGAGCGGAAAGAUCAAGCCCGACUCCCCCCUCGGCAAGCUCCUCACCAGCAAGGGCAUCAAGUUCUAA